CGUAUAAAUGUCACAUGACCCGUCACAUGGGGUUCGGCAGAUUUCUUUCAGUUUCUCGCCGUGUGAUAAUCGUAGAAGGAAGAGGAGGACGAUGGCAAGUCGUGUAGUAGUGUGCGGACUGUUGCUGGUGGCGGCGUGUGGAGCGGCGCGGGGCGCCAGUCUGGCGGAAUCUCAGGGAGUCAACGAGAAAUGUCGUCACAACCUCACCAAAUUCGACCCUUACCUCUCGCAGUACAUUGGGAAAAGGUACGAGAUCCAGGGAGCUCACACGGACAAGACCUACAAAUACAAUAUUGGUAUAUGUGUCGACGUUGACCAUGACGGUAUUCCCGGCUGUGCGGUCAAACAGACAGACUCCACCAGCAACUCUUCUCACAGUUUCUGCAUCGGCAGAACCGCGGAGGCUCAGGUGGCGAGAAUGGCCGACGGGACGUGGAUAGAACUGACCUACAGCGGGGGAGAUGUCUACCACUCUCACUGUGACUCUGGCUCACGGACUGCCAGAAUCGUGUUUCUCUGUGACCCCAAUGUGAAGGGACAGGGUCACGUUGAUUUCCUCGAAGAGAACAACAAAGACGCGAUAUGUUACUACCUCUUCUCACUCGUGUCCGAAGAGAUUUGCGGCAUUGAGCCCGGACAACUCUCUGCCGGUGACAUCAUUCUGAUCAUUCUUGCCUGUCUCGUUGGGGUCUGGGCCCUAGCCAUGUUCUCUGGUUGUCUCUACAAGAGGUUCGUGGUGGGAGCUAAGGGAUGGGAGCAGAUUCCGUGUAUCUCGUUCUAUCGGGAGUUUGGUAACCUGAUGGCUGACGGGUGCGACUACGUUUGCCGCAGUCGACCGAGAACUGUGGUGGAAUAUAAGGAGCCAACAUUUGGUGCAGCUAGUGACUCUGAAGACGAGAAAGAUGACAAUUUACUGCCAAUGUAGUCUAGAUGCUUCUCUCUCAGAUCUCCUGUUUUACUUCUUUCACCAACGCCACGCACACACCUAAUAUAGCUCUGCGCACACAAUGGCUCCGUAUGUAUGUAUUAUUAUCUGCGAGAGAUACUGUUGUCUCAG